AUGGCCUCACCGGACAUUGAAGCAGAGUGUUUAACGCUCCAGGGAGACGAAAUACUAGCCCUCGAGUCGAUCUAUCCGUCUCUGAUCGAGUCGCUACCAAAUAAUGAGAUUCGGCUCUCGAUCCCUAUCACGCUCCCCUCGCCCACCGCAAUCAUUCUGCAGACCAUCGCCACCGAGCCAUCCUCUUCCAAUGUACUUCCGACACUCGAUCUCGAGCACCUUCCGCCGCUCACGGUCAGCAUCGCUCUCCCUACGGACUAUCCCCUCAAAUCUCCGCCCAGAGUCGUCGACAUAAGAGCUCCAAUCCCUGGCGCAGAUAAGCGGUCCAACUGGUUGAGCCGGAAGGUUCUUUACAAGAUUGGGCUCAGGCUCGAAGAGAUGUGGCGAAGUGAGCAGAUGUCAGGCGAAGGGGCGGGCGUGAUCUGGCAGUGGUGGGAAUGGGUGGGAAAUGGACAGUUCUUCGAGGAUCUGGGUCUCUCACAGGACGGUAUAAGCUUCAGUCUUUGGGUACCCCCGUCCUUGGUCCCUUCGACAUUUCACACACUCCUCAACACAUUCAAUGCCAAAGAGAAGCACUCGGAGUUCGAAUCAGUAGCAUUCUCCUGUGCAAUCUGUAUGGAAAGUAGGAAGGGCAAAUCAUGUGCUCAGAUGACCUGUGGAUGUGUUUUUUGCGUUCCUUGUCUGAGCUUGUGCUGGUCACUGGCGAUCGAGGAAGGGACGCUGGAGAAUGUUGCUUGUCCAAGUGUGGAUUGUGUCAAGCAGAGGGCGACGGGAAAAAGAGGCGAAGUAGAUGGCUCCCUGGUGGAGAGUGUCGUGGGACACGAAUUGAGGGCGCGGUGGGAUGAACUGAAAGAGCGCCGGAGGGCAGAAAUAGAUCCUAAUUGGACGACAUGCCCACGUAUCAGCUGUCAAGCCGCUGUCCCGCCGCCGCCGGAAGAGGAUGAUCAGGUUGUUAUCGCACCGUCCUCGCGUGUCAUUCGUCUCGCCGACAUUGACAAGACUGAAUCGACUGCGACUGCGACUGCACCUGUGCCUGCUCCGGUGGAUGAUCGAUGGGCUCGACAUCGGCAGUGUCCGAAAUGCCAUUACUCUUUCUGCCUCUACUGCUCCGCCACAUGGCAUGGUCCUCAUACGCCCUGCGCCUUUCCUCAAACGUCUGCUCUGGUCCUUGAGUACUUGUCGUAUCCCGAAGGGAGCUUUUCUCGCCUGGCUAUGGAGAAACGGCGUGGUAAAGCGAAUCUGGAACGCAUGGUCGCUCAGUGGCGAGAGGAUCAAGAGAACAGAAAGUGGUUAGAGUCCAAGACUCGAGCUUGCUCAGGUUGUGGCGUCAGGGUCGAGAAGAGUCAUGGGUGUAAUCAUAUGACGUGUGGACGAUGUCAAGCUCAUUUCUGUUAUCGCUGUGGAGCAUCAAUCUCCCCGCAGGACCCUUAUGCGCAUUACAAUCGGCCUGGACAAGCCUGUUUUGAAAAGCUUUUCGAUCAGGAGGAGAUUGACUUUUACGAGAGACAGGCUACGGUUGGUGUGGAGGGGGAGGUGGAGUGGCGACCAGCCGUUGAUAUCUGGGGAUGGUAG